UACUUAUAGUUUCAUGUUGGUGCGUAUACCCUGAGAGACUCUCAUAGUCACAACCAUUACUGUCAGCUAGUGGAAAGUGAUGUGAAUGGAUGUUUGGGGUACUCAACUACGUAUGGAGUGAAUAAUGCGAGCAUUCUUCUGGACAUUCCAUUCUUUGAUGUCACCAAAUGUCUUCCGUACGACAUAAUGCACACAAUAUUUGAAGGUGUUGCUCCACGUCUCCUCAAAGAGCUUCUUGUUACUUUUAUCAAUAUCAAGAAGUACUUCACCUUGUCAGAGCUCAACCAGUCUCUUGCAUCCCACCAUUACGGAUAUUCAGAGCUUGACACCAAACCAAACACAAUUACUGGGUCGACAAUGGAGUAUCAUAUCAAACAGAAAGCUUCUCAGAUGAAAGCACUGAUCCGAUUAUUCCCGUUUAUCAUGGGGGGCUUUGUUCCAGAGGGCGAUGAACACUGGGGUCUUCUCCUAACUCUGUGGGAUAUCUGCACAAUGGUGACCGCAUUUGUGGUUACAGAGGCAGAUGCUUCUGAUCUGGCAUGGAAAGUAGAGUUGUUGCUAGAAACAUAUGUGCAACUCUAUCCAAACUCGCCCUAUGUUCCAAAGAUGCAUUAUCUUCUGCAUCUACCUGACGAACUAUUAAGAUUUGGUCCACCACGAAACACAUGGUGUAUGCGGUUUGAAUCCAAGAAUAAGGAGUUAAAAGGUUUCACCUCAAACUGCUUUAAGAAUGUCCCAUACAGUGUGAGUGUCCGACACCAGCAGAGGUAUUGUCACCUUCUAGCAGUGCGUCCUGGACAAGAGAUGUCAAAUUUCUUGUACAAAGGAGAUGAAGUAUCCUCAGGAAAAUCUGUCAUUUUGGACAAUGAUCUGGUAGCACCGGUUACACAACUGUGUGGAUUGGACCACCCUCAGCUGCCACUUGUUGCUUAUCGGUUAGUUUCGUUAACUUUCACAACAAGCUUGUACCAGUGUAUACAUUUUUAAUUGUUACGAUGUCAGCAAACAAACCCACAGCAUUCUGUUUAAAACAACAGUAACUACAUGCAAUCAAAUCAACCACAGAAGGACCACCACCAGUAGUCCAGUAGUUUCCUUGCCCAAGGGACUAAUACAAUAAGGGCAUAAUAAACUAAAGGGACCCUGUGACUGUGAGUACCAUUAACUAAUCUAGCACAGAAGUAAUCAACCAGAAUGUGUGGGAUGGUUCAACAACAGUAGACUCACAGAGACAACACCUCCUUGCUCUUGAAGACCUCGUCGACUCCAGUUGCAACAAGCCUGGCACGCAAGGCUUGCACAAGUGCUCAAGACUACUCUUCACUAAUCCAGUCAAAAGCUACAGUUCCCUUGGCACACCUAUAGUUUAGUUAAAGCCUGAACUUACCAAUUCCAUGUGCAGUAGGCACAGAGUUAAGAUCCUAAAAAAGCUGUCAUAACAGAUUAGCAUAAGCAGCAGUUGUCUAACUAUAUUAUAGCUAGCUAUUCUAAUGAUCCUAGCUAUUAAACUAACUAUUGGAACUGAUAACGAGAUCCCAAUUAUGGCAGGAUCCUGUGCUGCUUUCCCUUUAGGCAGUUACUAACGGCAGAGUGCUCCCUCAAUAGACUGGAGUGCCAUGAGUAAUCCAUCUUUGCACCCCGAAGGCUGGUUCGACAAUGGUUUCAAGAACAAGAAGAUGCUGUCCUGCGACCCGACUGUUGAAGAACCUUCCACACACAUUCUGAUUGAUUACUUCAGUGCUAUGGACAUCAUCCCUCCUCCUCCCCCCCCCCCACCAAAGGGUUCAAGGCCAUGCAGGUAAUAUACUCUUAGCCAUGCGUAUUUAAAACAGUACACAAAAAGCGUUGUCGACACGAGUUUAGCCGUGCAUACAUGCAUUUAACGUGCGCUUUGCUGGCAAGUAUGUAUCUAUUAAGCUGCAUGCAUGACCUACACACCUCACAGUCAAGAAGGGGCCACCACACUUAGACACACGGAAUACCAGAACAUAAACCUUCCACUCUCAACAAACAAAGCAACACCGAUACACUCAAAGGCCAGAGAGUGAACAAUCGAAUGCAACAAGAUACACACACACCACAUGCAACAAGCUACACACAAGAUGAACAUGCAGACGUAUAGUUUCAACUUACAAA